CACUUCAGCGUCGCGCGCAUCACAGCAACGCAAGUCUUGAGAGCCGCCGGUAUCGACCGCGCCAGUCGCACCGUCGUGGACACGUUCGCCGAUUUACUCGUCCAUAUGCUUUCCCUGCUCGCUACAGAAGCCAUGCACGCUGCGAAUCACACAGGCAGGCCGCGUGCUGAUCUAUCGGAUGUCAGGCUAGCUAUGGAUCUGGUUGGGCUAUUGCGAGAGUCUGGACGGAGUGCGCCGCAUGAAGAACAUAUGCAAGAGGCUGUACUGGGAUUCGGCCGAUGGAUCACGGGUGAGCAGGCACAGGCAAUGCGACGUGUCGCUGGCGAAGGUGAGAAUGAGCUCGGCGAGGCUGCCUCGUCCGACUGGUUGACGCAUUUGGUGCAGAAGAACGUCCGGGUCUCUGGCGCAGAGGCCUUUCAAGACUCUGCGCUGGCGUCG